GCGCGAAGUUCCUGGGCAUCUGGCAGCAACAACAUCGCGCUAAUCGAGCCUGGGACCGUCCGCCGCACUUUCGAGCAGCAUCAGCAGGAAUACUUGGACCAGCGCGCGGAGGCCCUGCAGCCGGAGGAGCAUGCGAGGGACGCCCACUACCUCAAGAGACAACGCCUCUGCAAUAUGCAGAGGGCGACCCAGGAACGCGGCGCGCUCUGGGCCCCCACUGGCAAAGUGCUGAAGCUCAAGGCCAUCGAGGUCCUGCACGACCACAGCGCCAUUGAAAAGCCUGAAGACAUGAUUGCCGAGCUUCGGCGCCAAUGGUCUCCUGUGUUUCAGGUGAAACCGAGCCACGCCAAGCACGUUAGCCGCUAUUUGGACAAGCACAGCAUCCCCUACGACUGCCCCCAGAUGGACAUCCCGACGCUGGGCAAACUGCAGAACCUCAUGCGCGGGCUCAACAACUCGGCUCCAGGUCCUGACGGUAUGCAGUGCACAGCCUGGAAGCGCAUUCCCUCCUCGGCGCAGCUCCUGCUCGAGGUGUCGCUCGGGGUAAUGAAAGGUUUUCCCGUGCCGCUGGGCUUCAACGAUUCGCUCAUGAUAUUCACUCCGAACGGAUCGGGACCUGAUGAUGGGAUAACGGCUUCCAGGCUGGCCAAGGCUACGAGACCCUUCUCUCUGAAGAACACGGACUGCAAGAUUGUGGCUGCCAUGGGCAACGAGUUGAUGAAGCCAAUCGUCGCGAAAGAGGAUGACCUGGCGAGCAAAGAUCAGCUGAUGGUGCUCCACGGCUUCGGUGAUGCGUUUCCAUCGGCGUGCAGAACACGGCUCAAAAUUGCGCUGGGCAAAGCUGACUUCCCCGAGGGCAUCCGCAACAUGAUUGAAGCGAUCUACCUCCUGCCUGCCGCCUUCGCCAACCUCGCGGGCGCCAGCGAGAUUUCUGGGUGCCCCUGGUCGGGGACGCUGUGGGCGGUCGGCGUGGGCCCGCUGACCAGGGGCAUGCGCUCGCGGGCGGCGAACUUCAAGGGCGCGGUCAUCGGCGUCUGCGCUGACGACGUGGGCUGCGUCCUCCCGUCGUUGAAGAUGCUCCGUCCUCUGAGCAGGGUGUUCUAUGCGGCGGAGACUCCCGGCGCGCCUAGCGCUGAAGCGGCGAAGUGUAAGAUCCCCCCGCUGACGGAGGCAUUCGCACCAGCGGUGGAGGACAGGGUUGACGCCAAGAUCGCCGAGCUUGUACCUCGAUGA